GAACGAGACCAAAGCCAUCAGAGAAAUUGAGGAGCUGACAACCCACGUCAGAUAGGGUUUCUUUCAGUUAGGAUAGGUCCCUUUUACAAAGAAUUUCAUGGGCAAAUACGAGAAUUAGCUUAGUGGACCUUAUACGAGCCAGGGUCUAACUCUUACUACCGAGUCGCGAUAAUAAUAGCCUGCUCCACUGUCACUGUCACUGCCUGCAUGAAGGGCUCAUUUUACUAAUGCCUAUACCACCUACCCAGGUGCUAAGUAAACAGGUCUCAAAUAGGCUGUGAACCUAGCAAAAUGGGUGUCUUUGUUGGGACAGGGCCCUUGAAUAUAAACCGGCUUGGCCCGCCAUGCUUGUCUCUAUCCCCUCCUCAUCCCGUCGUUCACUGAGCCAGAGUACGUCAAGAUGAGGUCAUUCGCAACCCUAACGGUCAUCGCUGGCUUUCUCAGCCAAACUACGCUCGGCGCGCCACCGUUCCAAAGACGACAAAACGUAACGGACUGGACUGCGGAAGCAUGGGACGCGAUCGUCGUCGGUGCCGGAACUGCCGGGAUCAUAGUAGCGGACAGGUUGAGUGAGGCGGGCAAGAAAACCCUGCUACUAGAAGUCGGCGGUCGCUCAUACGGAGUCGUGGGUGGUACGGAGAAGCCUCAAUGGCUCGAUGGGACAGACAUGAGCCGGGUCGACGUACCUGGUUUAUAUAAGAGCAUCUUCAACGGAGGUUCGGAUCUGUUGUGCCCUGCCGGAAUCGUCAACUCCUUUCAAGCGUGCACCAUUGGCGGGAAUAGCGCAAUCAAUGCCGGCCUGUACUUUCAACCUCCCGCUUCCGACUGGGAUGACUACCACCCGGACGGAUGGAAGAGUGCAGAUGUGGCGGAUGCGACACAGAGACUGCUCGACAUGCAGCCCUCGGUGACCAGCUACUCGGUAGACGGCCAAUUCUAUAUGCAGUCCGGCUACGACGAGGCGAGGAAAUGGAUUGUGGACGCAGCUGGCUUCACAGAUGUUGAAUUCAACGAGGUUCCGGAUAAUAAGGACAAGGUCUUUGGACGGCCCGUCUACAACUACAUCGGUGGCCAGCGAGGUGGGCCAACGAGAACUUACCUCCAGAACGCCCUAAAGAGAACCAACUUCCGUCUCCAGACAGGCGUUCGUGUUCAGCAUAUCGAUCAUGUCAAUGGUGUGGCUUCCGGCAUCACCGCCAACAUCAGCGGUUCAAUAGUGCAGAUCCCCCUUUCUACCAGUGGCCGAGUUAUUCUGAGCGCCGGUGCCAUCGCUUCGCCAGGUCUUCUCAUGCAUUCUGGCAUUGGAUCUGAAGAGACGCUUAACAGUCUGUCUACGGCCGGAGCCUCGUCUUAUAACUCUUCGACUUGGGUAAUCAACGCAGAAGUUGGUGCAGGCCUCUUCGAUAAUCCCAAUACAUUCAUCGAAUUAUCCGCACCAACGAUAGAGUCAUACGUUCACAACUACAACGACCCUAUUCCAGCGGAUAGAGAUCUUUAUCUAUCUUCUCGCAGUGGCCCAUAUGCUUCAGCCUCACAGUCUUCCGCAUUCUGGGGCUACAUGCCUAACGCCGACGGCACCAGGACCGGAGUGCAAGGCACCAUUGAUUCGUCAGGGCAUGCAGACUUCGUAGACAACAACACCAUCACGCUCAACAUCUACGGAACCUCUGGGCUAGCCUCGGCGGGACGUGUUAUCCUGUCGGACGACGGCCAGUUCAUCCCUGGUCCCAGCUCCGACGUUUACUACUCCGACCCUCGGGACGCGGACGCCCAGGCCAUCGCAGAGUUCAUCCACACGAUCUUCCAAGCUCUGCCAUCCUCCACCCCCGAGUCACCGGCAGCUGAUGGUCUUACUCCGCUCAACAUCGCCCAAAAUUCGACGGUUGAAGAAAUACGCACUUACAUCACCACUUGGUCUGACUACGCCGUUGGCUCCGUCCAGCACUGGUCUAGCUCAUGCCGAAUAGGGAAAUGUGUUGAUGUCGACACGAAGGUGGUCGGCACCGAGAACAUACAUAUCAUCGACGCGUCUAUCGUAGCGCCUUUGACAGUAAACCCGCAGUUUGGUGUGAUGGUUGCGGCGGAGAAAGGUGCAGAGAGAGUACUGCAAUCUUGGAAGUUGCCUGGUUUAUCUAUACAUAUCUAAAUAGUCCGCUGGCGAUAUAUCACGAGACGAGAGUUAGACGAGAUACCUAUAUAAUUGUAAUAUAUAUGUAAUAUAUAUCUAGUUAAAUAUCAUAUCUACCGAGCUAUUGUUAGGCUCAUAACCAGGCUCAUACCGUCAAUACUUAAGUCUUCCCAGUCUCACGUUGAACCACCGCCGCCUCCACCAUCUCCUCCUCCUCCACCCCCAUCGCCUCCUCCACCUCCUCCGUCUCCACCACUUGCAAUAGCAUCAAAGAAAAAGCCAAGCUUUUAAAACCAGAGUCAGCAGAGAUCACAACUUCAGUAGAUUCGAUCGAAGCUCAUAAGCAGACCACGGGGAUGGGUAGGUAGAUGAAACCCGCCGAAAACCCCGGGAACAUUGGGAAGAAAAAAAGAAAAAAAAAGGAGAAGAAGGAAAAAAGCAAUACUCACAUCCAUCUCAUACUCCUCCGCCCUCUUCUUAUCCCUCGCCCUCGCCCUCUCGUACAAGCUCACAAACC